AUGGAGAUUGUUAGAAUCGCCGUCGCCGUCGUUCUUGUAGUUUGCUCCGUCACGGCGUCUAACGCCGCAACAACACCACCGAGCGGGGGAGGAAACGCGCAAUCAAUGCCGUGUAUACAGAAACUGAUGCCGUGUCAGCCGUAUCUUCACUCGGUGACUCCGCCGCCGCCGGCGUCUUGCUGUAUGCCGCUGAGGGAGAUCGUCGAGAAUGACGUGACGUGUCUUUGCUCCGUUUUCAAUAACGUCGACAUGCUCAAAUCGCUUAACCUCACUAAAGAAAACGCCCUCGUCCUCCCUAAUGCUUGUGGCGCCAAAGCUGACGUGUCACAAUGCAAAAACAGCGCCGGUUCUACUUCGCCUUCGACACCAGCAAGUCCGGGAUCUCCUCCGGCAACUUCCACUGGAAGCGGUUCCACCGGAGGUUCAGCUUCUUCGUCCACGGCCAAAACAACAAACUCAAACUCGGCUCCAACCAUCAACUUCGCCGGACUUAGCUUCGCAUCGGCUUUUGUGGCAAUGGCAACGAUCUUCUUCUGA